AAAAAAAUAUAUUAAAAUACAGAAAAAAAGAGAUGGAAUACUGGCUCCAAUUGGUCAACGAGCAGAGGCAGAAGUUACUGCGGGAUGUGCAGCAGCCGGAGUCCAAAUAUGUUUCCGUUUACAGCCUCGAAGGUUCACCCAUUCUUCCACCUUUGAUGACACCCCAGCGACGUCGGGAGAUGCAGCAACAUCGUGCCACCGCCCUGGCCAUCGAGGGGUAUCUGAAGGUGAAGAAUGAAUGCCAGCCCAAGGCUACUCCUCAAGGGAAACCCAAGCCAAAAAAGGCAGAAGAUUCCCCUUUGAUUGUUAUGGGACGCUUCCCGCAGCAGCUGCAGCGCUCCCAGACUUUGAUCUACGACAAUGGCCUCAAUAGGAUCAUCAAAUCUCCCACACCGACUCCACCGAUCAUCACCACUUUCCCCUUGCUGAUCGAGGAGCCGCCUCUGAUGGCUGCACAGCGGGCGGCGGUGCAGUUGUGUGGCCCGCUCUUUGCGGUGUCCAACAAAAGCCUCGUCGCCCGUGCCACGCCCCCCGCAAAGCCCUUGAUCUCUGGCCCACGCAGAAUCACGCAAAAGUUGAGUGCGGAGGAACGAGAGGAGCAGGAUAAGAGGCAGAAUUUGAGGCUGGAGCACAAGCACGCGAUGAACCUCAUUCAAGUGGCCAAGGCCAUACCGUGGGGUGUCUUCCAGAUUGCCCCACUGCUGCGCUCCAACACGGAUCCCAUUCUCCAGCGUAUGCCACACUGCAGCACAGAAACGAGCCUCCAGGGAAUGCCACACAGCCACACAGAGUCGGAUCUCCAGCGGAAGAGCUCGAACACAGAGUCCAGCCUGAGGCUCCACCCACAGCUGUGGAAGCGGCAGAACACCGUCGUCUACAGCUGUCCCAAUACCCCAAAGAAAUCGAAUUAUUCAGCAGACAAAAAGCAUCAAAAAGAGACACAAGAAGAGUCAAAAGAAAAACCAAAGGAAGGACCAAAGGAAGCACCAAAGAAAGAGCCCAAAAACGAGCCCAAACAGGAGAGACAAAGCCAGGAGGGUAAAGGGCCCAAGGCCAAGGGAAGAUUCUCGCUUUCACCGCGACGCCGUGCCCUGCCCCACAAUGUCUCGUGCUGCGGCCACGCCUUUGUUCCCUCGCUGACCAGCGCCACUCAGCGCAGGCGCAGCUACGACCCGCAGGCCUCCCUCAUGCGAGACGCUAAGCAAAAGGGCGCAGGAAAGCAGCCAUCCCCCGGAACUCCGAUGAAGUCCGCUCCCUGCGACAUGGCAAGGCGUGGAGGAACCACUCAGCCACCUUCGAAUACACCCAAAGCAACAUGCUCCACGUUGACGAUCGCCCAGGAGCAGGAGGAGCAGCGCCAACGCUUUCUGGCACUCGUCUCGCAGCAGGCGGAGGAGCAGCAGCGUCUCCAAUCACGUUUCGAGGCACAGCAGCAGAUCCUCAUCGAUCAGAUGCUCCACGAAGUGAGGCAACUAUCGAGCGAGGCAGCAGAAUCCAUCGACUAGUCCGACAAUCCAUACCCGUUCCUGUUUCCCUUCCUCUGUCGUGUCUGCUACCUGUGUGGAGGAUUGCGGAGUCGUCUAAUAAACCCAUCAGACAGCAU